AUGUUGCAACGAAUGUUUUCACGUGGCAACAAAUUGGCUCUCAUUAGUCUGCAAGACAUUCCCACCCUCACCCAACUAUACUCCACCUCACAAAUCCAGGGCUCCGAACAACAAGAAAUCACCGCGUCUUCCGCGUUCAACGACCAGAUCGCAUUAAUCCGCGCCGACAUUACGAAACUCGAGGUCGAUGCUAUCGUCAACGCCGCGAACGAGUCCCUCCUGGGCGGCGGAGGAGUAGACGGUGCUAUCCAUUACGCAGCUGGACCUGGCCUUCUUCGAGAAUGCGAAACACUGAGAGGGUGUAACACCGGGAGCGCGAAAAUCACCGGUGCCUACGAUCUUCCUUGCAAGAAAGUCAUUCACGCUGUCGGCCCUAUCUACAAUAAGACCAAAGCAGAAGGCCGGCAUACUUCUCUCUUGCAGAGCUGUUACACCACAAGCUUGACGUUGGCAAUUGAAAAUGGUUGCAAAAGCAUUGCCUUUAGUGCUUUGAGCACUGGCAUCUACGGCUACCCUAGUGAAGAAGCGGCAGAAGCGGUUGCUCAGGCUGUCCAUCGAUGGUUGAGCGAGGACGAUGUGCGAGCGAAGAAGCUCGAACGUAUUGUAUUCUGCUCCUUCCUCGAAAAGGAUGAGAAGGCAUACGAGCAUUCAAUUCCUCGAUUCUUCCCUCCUGCGCCAUGA